GGAGCACAAUGGAUCCGGUUGGCAAUCCGUUUUUUUGACAUUUGUUUUAAAUUAACAUGAUCAAAUGGGUCAACGCAGAAUGCGUCCGGAAUGAGUUUGCGGUUUUGUACUAAAGUGUACUAAACGCAAACUCGACCGCAAAGUCCGCCGGAAGAUUUGACACAUUUCAAAUCUUGCGCUUGACUUUGCGGCGAGCGUUUUAUUUUGGUUGUGUUUUUGAUUUGAUUAAUUGAGUGUUUGUCCCAACGAAAAGUUAAAAUAGACCCGAAAAACUGCGCCUUUACGGAUUUAAACGGCGGAAACAGGGAGAAAAGAAGCCGUAACCACUGCAGUGCGAUCAUUCAGGAGCCGAUGCCUACGGAUCUCAGACUAGUAUAGCAGAUGCUGUUUCUCCUGCCAUCGGCAAAUCAAGUAGUUUGAUCCAAACUGUUGGAAAAGUAACGUGUCCAUCUACCGAGAAUCUAGCAAAAUGGAUGAUACACAAAAUAUCGAGGAGGAGACAAGCAAUGUCAACGAAAAAAUUAUUGCAUUUGUGAAAGAACAUAAGGUACUCUACGAUAAAAGUAUGCGGGCAUACAAGAACAAUAAUAACAGAAACAAGCUUUGGGCGCAGUUGGCAUCAGAAAUCGACAUGGACGUGAAAUCCUUGACAACCCGUUGGAGAUCUCUAAGGGAUCGAUACGUAAAGGAAUUAAAAUCAACAGAACUAUCUCAUCGAUCUGGAGCGGAGGCGAUUGACGGCGACGACACAUGGGAAUUCAUGGAACACAUGGUAUUCCUGAAAGAGCAUGUUGCCAAAAGAAAGACUACGAGUAACUACGAUGGGCCAGGCCAAACCGAUUUUCAUGAAAUGGUCGAAGAACACCUUCAGGAGCAUUCAGAAGGCACACUGUCUGGAACACCAACAUCAUCGAGGAAAAGGAAAGCCGACGACAUCGACGAAAAAAUGUCGUCGCUUUUGGACAAGUUCAUCACCAGCAACGACAAUACAAACGAGAAGCAUGCAGCAUUUGGCAAACUUGUUGCGCACAAAUUAUCGUUGUUUCCCGAUCAUAUUUCUGAUCAGGUUGAAGCUCAGAUACUGAAUGUCAUUUACACGACUGCUGAAAAUUGUCGUGCGGAAACUAGCACUCAGGAGUAGUUUAGCAUG